UAUGUCCACCACAGCCACCCAUCAGCAGGCCAGGACAGCUGAGGAGGAGGAGGAAGGGGAGGAGGACGAAGAGGAACAGGGGGAGAAGUUUGAGUUUGAGGAUAGCGAUGGAGAAGGGGAGCAGAAGGCCGCUGCAGUUGUGCCCCAAGGCAGUGGAGCAUUGAGCUGUACCAUGAGAGCUGAUGUCGAUGCUGUGAAGGAUAACAUGUCAAGCGCAGCGGGGUCAGAGCCCCACCCGCCGCAGGCCGACACUGGACAAUGUUCGACAGAAACGUCCACCCAGGAAAUAACCGAGGCAACCUCCGUGGUUCAGGAGAACCCCAGUGAAACCUGCGCUUCUCAUACAGAUGCUCCUGCAGCAGAGAAACAAACAUGCGCUCCGUCCCACACAGGCCCCAGUGCUGCGGGGCUCUCGGCAGGAGACGAACUCAGCACUGCUGCUCAUGCUGCUGCUGGAACUGGAGCUACUACAGCUACAGCUGACUCCCCCACUGCUGCUGUGGCUGCUGCUGCUGCUGGUCUUGGAGAGGCUGGAUCCUCACAGACGCUGCCCAGAGAGGGAGAUCUCAGUCGGGAUACCACCGCCACCACUACAGCUGCACAGGCUGGGUCAACGCCGGAUCAGGAGGCACCUCCUGGAGGUGAGACGGCUUUAGAGGGCGAGUUCCAGACGGAGAGUCCCGAGGUCAUAUAUGAUGAUGUGCCCUGCGAGGAGAACCUGUCCGGGGAGGAAGGUGAUAUGAUUUAUGAGGACGUUCAGAGGGAGUCGGGCCUGCAGGGAGCUAACGGCUGGAGCUCCAGUGAGUUCGAGAGUUACGACGAGCAGUCAGACACCGAGAGCAAGACACCUGCCCGCAGCAAGCUUUCCCCUGACGUGCGUCGGCUGCGCGAGCGCUGUGCCAGGACCAGGCGAGAGCUAGCCUCCAGGUUGGGGGGCAAGCACAACUAUGACGUGAAGGUGCAGCAGUUGAUGAGAGCGGCCCGGAGUGGGACCAAAGAUGGGCUGGAGAAGACCAAGAUAGCCGUCAUGCGCAGGGUCUCCUUCCUGCACCGCAAAGACCACUCGGAGGAUGCUGAGGAUGAUGCAGGGUACUUGGAUGUAGCGGUGUCAGAAGCCAAGCAUCCUCCACCACAACUGGGACCCAUGCCAGAUGGACUCAACAGCCACCAGAUUGUUCGCCGCCACAUCCUCGGCUCAAUCGUCCAGAGCGAGCGGAGCUACCUGGAGUCCCUGAAGAGAAUCCUUCAGGAGUACCAGCGCCCGUUGUUGGAGGCUGAGCCCCACAUCCUGAGUCCGCGUAAGAUCCGGCCGAUCUUCUACCGGGUACGGGAGAUCACCCAGUGCCACUCCAUGUUCCAGAUUGCCUUGGCCUCCCGCGUGGCUGACUGGGACGCCUGUGAGAAGAUCGGAGACCUCUUUGUUGCCUCUUUUUCCAAGUCCAUGGUCGUGGACGUGUACAGCGACUACGUGAACAACUUCACCAACGCCAUGGCCCUCAUCAAGAAAGCCUGCAUGUCCAAGCCCGCCUUUCUCGAGUUCCUCAAGAGGAAGCAGGCCUCCAGUAUAGAUCGCAUCACUCUCUAUGGCCUGAUGGUGAAGCCCAUUCAGCGCUUUCCCCAGUUCAUCCUCCUGCUCCAGGACAUGCUGAAGAACACUCCUAAGGGCCAUGUGGACCGACUGCCGCUGCAGUUGGCCCUGACGGAGCUGGAGACGCUAGCGGAGAAGCUGAAUGAACAGAAACGCGUGGCCGACCAAAUCACAGAGACCCAGCAGCUAGCACGGAGCAUCAGCGAUCGCUGCUUAAACAAGGUGCUGAAUACCGAGCAGAGCUCUCUGAUCCUGUGUGAGACCCUGGUGGAGACGGUAUACGGGGAGAGGGGUCAGGUGAUCAAGUCGAAGGAGCGGAAGCUCUUCCUCUUCAAUGACAAGCUCCUGUGCGCCAAUAUCAAUGUCAAGGGGCCCCCUGACAUCAGCAGCCUGGUGCCCGUAGGGCCCAAGUACACCAUGAAGUGGAGCGCCCCCUUGCAGCAGGUGCAGGUAGUGGAGGUGGGCCAGGAGAGCUCGCAGCAGGACACCCUCUUCCAGACCAGCGGAGCCAAGCACCGUGGGAGCUCCAGCAGUACAGGGAAAGUUGUGCUGGGCCCUCCAAAGCUGUACCAGGAGCUCCAGGAGCUGCAGCAUGACUUGACAGUGGUGGAGCAGGUCACACUACUGGUGGGGACCCUCCAGGGAACAUAUCAGAACUUGAACACCACCGUAGCGCAGGACUGGUGCUUGGCUCUUCAGAGGCUCAUCCGCAUCAAAGAGGACCAGAUCCAGAGUGCCAACAAGUGCCGCCUCCGUCUGCAGGUGCCAGGCCGGCCUGACAAGUCAGGUCGGCCAGUCAGCUUCAUGGUGGUGCUGAACACGCCCAGCCCCCUCAGCAAGAUCUCCUGGGUGAACCGGCUCCAUUUGGCCAAGAUAGCGCAGAGGGAGGAGAACACUCCUGGGUGGCAUUGUGAGGAGGAGGACGAGAGGAGCCGCUCCCCCUUCUGGUGCCCGCUGCUGGCCUGCCGCGUGCCCGUCUUCCCCGCCAUGAAAGCUGCCGAGCGCAGGCUGGAGGCGGCGAUCCACAACCCAGUACAGUGUGCUCUGCUGGGCUUCUCUGCAGCCAGCACCUCCCUUCCUCAAGGCUACCUUUGGGUGUCCAGUGGUGGUGAUUCCAACCAGGGUCAGAUGGACAUCUUCUCCCUGAACCGACCCACGCCACGGCCAGUGAAGACCUUCCAGGUCGGCGCCCCUGUCCUGUGCCUGGAGUAUGUGCCUGAGCCCGUGCCGUCCGAGGAGGCGGAGGCCCAGGAUCAUCGAGGUCCCGCGGGCAUCGGCAACACGAUCUGCGCUGGGCUGGACGACGGCAGCAUCCUGGUCUAUGGCAGCGUGGACACGGCGGCCCAGUGUCUCCUGACAUUCCGGAACCCUGUGGGCAGCCCCGUGCUCUGUCUCAAGCACUCGGCUAGCUUCCUGUUCGCUGGACUGAGGGACGGCACCGUACUGGUCUACCAGCGACAGAAUGGAGGUGAAUUAUGGGAUCCUGAAUCAUGCAGGACGGUGGCCAUUGGGCCCAACCCUGUGAGGACCAUUUUGUCUCUGGAGGACUGUGUAUGGGCCAGCUGUGGCAACGCGGUGUCUGUGAUUGACUACUCUAACUUGUCUACAAAGAGGGUGGAGGUGCACCAGGACCCUAUGAUCAGCGUAGCCCACAUGGUGCGGGCAGGAGGCGGGGUGUGGAUGGCGUUCUCCGAGGGGUCCUCCAUCCGCCUGUUCCACACGGAGACACUGGACCACCUGCAGGAGAUCAACAUCUCUACGCGCUCUGGCUUCCACCUCCCAAGUCAGAAGAGCAUGCGUGUCACCAGCCUGCUGGUGUGUCAUGGACUGCUGUGGGUGGGCACGGCGUCUGGCAUCAUCAUCACGCUACCGGUGCCCAAACUGGAGGGCAUCCCUAAAAUAACAGGUAAGGGCAUGAUGUCGCUGAAUGCCCACUGCGGUCCCGUGGACUUCCUGGUGGCCACGUCCAGCACCCUGUCCCCGGACCUGUUGAAGAGGGACUCGGUGUGCGACGGGCCCGACUCGGCCUACGGCGGAGAGGAACGCAGCGACUCCUCCUCCCAGGAGUCCUUGCAGCACCUGGCCGGCCAAUUGCAACCUCCGCAUCUGCCUCCCUCGUCGUCUUCCGCCGACGCCGCCAAGGGCGGCAAGAGCCGCGGCGUGCUGCUGCAGUACCGCGUGCGCUCCACGUCGGGCUUGCCGGGCCGCCCGCUGACGGCCAGGGGCGACGAGGCGUCCGACUCCUCGCUGGAGUCCCUGGAGCACAGCCCCGAGGACGGCUCCAUCUACGAGCUGAGCGACGACCCGGACACGUGGGUGCGGGGGCGCUCCUGCGACAGGGACGGCGGCCGCAGGGACAGGGUGACGUCGGUGGCCGUGGUCUCGGGCGGCAGGGGCCUCAGGAGGCUACGGGUCGGAGACGCGAGUGCCACCGUGGCCGGACGCGGCGAGGAGACGUCGGACGACAGUAGCCUGAUGAUCUGGCAGCUUCCGCUGACCAUCUGACGAACGCAGACUGUGCCGUGAGACUUGAGAGGGCUGUGAAAAAACUUCAGCCAAGACUUUUUGAUGCUUGAUGCAUUGUCUGGAAUGGAUGAAGUGACAAAAUAUAAAUGCGCCGUGACGCGUUGUCAGGCUUUUAUCUUAGCUUUCGCUUUGUUCUUGAUGUAAACAGGGGCAGCACUGGACUCCACUCUCUGUGUGCUGAAAGCUGCUGUUUUUGUGUUCUCUGAGAGGCCUGGCGGCGGCACACUCUGGAAAUUGCUGCCCGGUGCACUACGGCAAGCUGAGUGACAUGUAGCGUAAUCUGUACCUUACUUUUCCCGUCCCUUGUAAAUAUACUUUAAGGCAGUGUGAUGCCUUGUGCAACGCUACUCUUACUCCCACCCCAGCCCUGCCCUGAGGUUCUGUUGUGGAGCUCGAGACUUACUCUGACUUUCCAAACUUACUUAAUCAGCUUCCUGGUGCUCCUAGCAAACUAGCAGUGCAGCUACAACACACACACGCACACACACACACACACACACACACACUGCUGUGGCAGGGUUUGACUUAUAAUCACACUACCUAAAAUGUGAACGUAACAGAAAUGUUGGUCGGUUGUUUUUUCGUCUUUGUAUGAGUCGUGAUAUUGCUUAAUGUCUUUCUGUGCCUGUGCAGGUUGCAAAAAAGAAAAAAAAGCUUCAGGUAA